UUAAAGCCCAGCGUGAGAACGAAGUCACUCACGGUGCUUGCCCUAGAAGGGAGAUAUGCAGGAUGUCCUCCUUUUCGCCCCUUCAUCAUCGGGGUUGAUGUCAGUAUAUGGUUUGAGCAGUGCCAGCAGGUCAUGCGUGGCCGAGCUCAUGCAUGGAGUGGCCAAAAUCCUGCUCUGCGCACCUUUCUUUUUCGGACUGCGAGACUGAAAUGCUUCCUGGUUCAGCUUGUCUUUGCCUACGACGGACCUGAGCAACCAGCACUCAAACGAGGAAAAAAUGUGGCCACCGCAAAAGACCACUGGAUGACGAAGCCUACCCAGCAAAUCCUGGAUGCAUUCAACAUCCAGUGGUUCAUGGCAAGGGGUGAGGCUGAGGCCGAGCUUGCUGCUAUGAACUCUGCGGGCGCUAUUGAUGCGGUGAUGACUGAUGACAGCGAUGUGUUUGCAUUUGGCUGUCGCUGCGUGAUUCGAAAUUCUUCCUUCUCAGACACAACGGCUAGUGUGUAUGAAGCUGCGAUGCCCCGUGAAGACUAUGCCCUUGUCAGCCUUCUUUGUGGGGGCGACUAUGACAUGACAGGCCUGCCUGGCUGUGGUCCUGCAACUGCAUUCGGGCUCGCACGCUGUGGUAUGGGCAACUCCCUGCUUGCAGCUGAGUCAGGCUGCGAAUUUGCUGGUCCGCACCGUCAAGCAUGGCGAAAUGAUGUACGACAACACCUCCGCUAUGACCCAACAUCGCAAAUUGGCCGGUGCCACCCAUCGUUGGCCGAAAAUCUUCCUAGUGAGAUUCCGAGCUUCGACACCUGGUCUGCGUACCUCCACCCAGCUAUCCACGAACCUUUGGUCUCCGUUCACGAGCCUGGUGUCCCAGAUGCCAGAAAAAUUGCAGCUGUGGUGGUCCCUCUAUUGGGCUGGGAGGAUGCAGGCCACCUGCUCGACACAUUCCGUGGUCAAGUCUGGCCAGGUGUUGUGACCAGUGAAUUGUUGCAAGACCUCAGCACCUGGCAACCGAUCAACCAGGAUGUAAGUGGAAGUCACUUGAAUUGUGUGCAAAUGACUGACAAGGCCAUACAAUAA